AUGAGAUUUCCUCUCAAGUUGAGCUUUGACCUGUCCUCUCAAGUUGAGCUGCUCUCGCAACCUGUGCUGUCCUCGCAAGCCGUGCUGUCCUCGCAAGCCGUGCUGUCGUCGCAAUCCGUGCUGUCCUCGCAAGCCGUGCUGUCCUUGCAAGCUUUGCUGUCAGUGCAAGCUUUGCUGUCGGCGCAAGCUGUGGUGUCCUCCCAAGUUGUGCUGUCCUCGCAAGUUGUGCUGUCCUCUCAAGUUGUGCUGUCCUCUCAAAUUGAGCUGUCCUCUCAAGUUGAGCUGCCCUCUCAAGUUGAGCUGCCCUCUCAAGCUGAGCUGCCCUCUGAAGUUGAGCUGCCCUCUGAAGUUGAGCUGCCCUCUCAAGUUGAGCUGCCCUCUCAAGUUGAGCUGUCCUCUCAAGUUGAAUUGUCCUCUCAAGUUGAGCUGUCCUUUAAAGUUGAGCUGUCCUCUCUAGUUGAGCUGUCCUCUCAGGUUGAGCUUUCCUCUCAGGUUGAGCUGUCCUCUCAAGUUGAGCUGUCCUCGCAAUCUGUGCUGUCCCCGCAAGGUGUGCUGUCCCCGCAAGCUGUGCUGUCCCCGCAAGCUGUGCUGUCCCCGCAACCUGUGUUGUCCUCGCAAGCUGUGCUGUCCCUGCAAGCUGUGCUGCUCUCUCAAGCUGUGCUGUCCGCGCAAGCCGUGCUGUCCUCGCAAGCCGUGCUGUCGUCGCAAUCCGUGCUGUCUUACCAAGCCGUGCUGUCCUUGCAAGCUUUGCUGUCGGUGCAAGCUUUGCUGUCGGUGCAAGCUGUGCUGUCCGCACAAGUUGUGCUGUCCUCGCAAGUUGAGCUGUCCUCUCAAGUUGAGCUGCCCUCUGAAGUUGAGCUGCCCUCGCAAGUUGAGCUGUCCUCUCAAGUUGAGCUGUCAUCUCAGGUUGAGCUGUCCUCUCAAGUUGAGCUGUCCUCUGAAGUUGAGCUGUCCUCUCAAGUUGAGCUGUCCUCUAAAGUUAAGCUGUCCUCUCAAGUUGAGCUGUCUUCUCUAGUUGAUCUGUCCUCUCUAGUUGAGCUGUCCUCUCUAGUUCAGCUGUCUUUCCUAGUUGAGCUGUCCUCUCUAGUUGAGCUGUCCUCUCUAGUUGAGCUGUCCUCUCUAGUUGAGCUGUCCUCUCAAGUUGAGCUGUACACUCAAGUUGAGCUGCCCUCUCAAGUUGAGCUGCCCUCUCAAGUUGAGCUGCCCUCUCAAGUUGAGCUGCCCUCUGAAGUUGAGCUGCCCUUUUAA